UAUGAAUUUUGCUGAAAUGGCAGGAAAAUUAUAUCAAGAAAGGUAGAAAUAACAAAUGGAAAAUGAAAUAAAAAGAUAACAAAAUAUUUAAUCUUUUACAAAUAAAGAGGAGAAACUUAAAGAAUCCUUGGAUAAUAUAAAAAGUGGAAUUAAAGGUUUAUGGGAUUAAUUUACUAAAAAAUGA